CGCGUGAAACUGUCUCUCGUCAGAAGGCACCGAAGUAACAAGCGACGGAAGUAGGGGUAAACCGUGCGCCAUUUUCUAUUUUUGCGUAGCAGUAACACUAGGUGUUGUGUGUGUACAAUUCAAUGUGAUAAAGAAUUUCAAACAAAAGGAGAAAAAGAAACGUAAAUCAACGUCUAGUGAACAAAUAAUUUAUUUUUUUCUCAAAGAUAAAUAAGAGAAACAAGUCAACGUCGUAUUUACCAGGGAAACACAUGAGAAAGAAAAGCAGAAAAGAAACCGAAUAUUAGAAAUGAUUAUCGGCAACGCGUGCAACGAAAUGAUCGACGUAGCGCACGGACCCGUCUACAGUCCGCGUUGCCGCGCGUGAAUAAAAGCGAGUUUUCAUUUUUUUCCACCGUCUCCUCUCCAUUAUUUAUCUCUUAACGACAUAAACACCAACACUUGUAUGAAAACUAACGUUUAACGAUUUUAAUCAUUAACUAUUGAAGAAACACUGAGGCCUCUCAUCGUUAAUUCAUCAACGACCAUUGGUGUUGUGUGAGCUCUAGUGAUCAGUGCUAUUGUGGACAUAAAAAAAUCACAGAAAAUCAUUGCCUAUUUGUUGCUAAUUGGAGUGUAAUUAACUCGAUUUCAACCACUAAUCAAUCGGAUUACAAUAGCGGAAUAGAGGGACAGGAAAGUGCCAAAGAGGUGGAUUCAAAAUUUCCGACAGAUAAAAAUAUUCAAGAAUUAAACUCCAGGUGGACAGAGUUGAGACGGCCCCAGAGGCAAAAGGAAAGAGUUUGUGAUUUUUAUCUUUUAGUUUGCGGCCAAGAAAAAUCCCCAACUCUUAACAUCAUUUUUUUUCUUCCUUUUUUUCGGUUCUUUUUUUCUCUUCUAAUUUUUCGGUUUGUUAUUUGAGUGGCGUUGGACAUUGUCAGUGAGGACUGAAAAUACGUGAAAAUUCUCCAGUCUGUGAUAUUAAACGGUAAUAAAUGUAUAGGUAGGUUUUAACGAAAAAAAAAGAAGUCGACAAAACAUUAUAUUACGUGUGCACGGUUGUGGCCUACAAGAGGGCACCAGAGGGGACAUUUUGACUAACAAUUUUACGGUAUUUUUUUUUAUCAGUUAAAACGGAUAAUUUCAUGGUGGCGGCUUUAGUCUUGGGGUACAUUUGAGUUUUGUUUGGAGGGAAUUGUAAAAGGGGAGGGAAAACAAUUUUUCGGAAUAAUUGACGGGGAGAGGGAAAGUACAAGAGUGUGCGCGUGAAUUAUCCCGAAGAAGUGAACGGAAAAGGAGGAACGAGGAUGUCUCUGGAAUCUGUGUCGAGUGACAGGCCCGAGGAGCCGGAUCCUACAGGCGAGGGAGAUGAAGCUAUUAUAUCAAUGUCGGUUGCCGGAGAGGUGACCGAUACUUCUAUCAUGGAAAUCGGCAGAUCCAGGCCUCAGUACCAAUACACUCGGGAAGAACUCAUGGAGGUUAAACUACUCCCACUCUCCAAACGUCGCCCCAAGUGCCUGGACCUGGUCCAUAACAAGUGUUUGAUAUCCAGUUCACGUGGGACAUGGGACCCAGAACGCUGGCACAUGGACAGGAAGCGUAGUGAGACACCUCCCGAGGAAGAUCAACGUCGUAAUGACUUACCAAUUGAGCCGAACAAGCGUAGGAGUGGUGAUCCACGAGAACGUCUUCGCAAGGAGCAAGACGGUAUUGUCCUCUCUCCUCAACGACGUUCCUUCAACUCUGGUUGCUUCGUCAACACCACCCAGCCACCACCCCGCCGUCCAGAGAGUCCCAUCCAUAAACCAGAAGUACCCCAUCGCGAGCCAGUUCGUAGAAUUGGUUCAGGUCGUCUGCUCAAUCGAGACAUGUGGGACUUUCGCUCUGAGACUGAAAAACUUGAGCCCGAGAGAACAGACUUCGCAUUCAGAAACACUGGCAAUGCCCCACGUGAAGUGGGCAGAGAACCAAUGCGCGAUCGUGACAACAACAGGGACAGGGACAUGAGAGAUGAGAGGAAUGACAGAUUUGAACGUAGAUCAUUUGGCAGAGAUUUUGGAGAUCGUGAGAAUCGCGACAGAAGUGAUCGUCAUCCAAUGGAUCGUGAUAAAGACAGGAGAGAGAGAAAGUUUGGAACUGAUCGUAGAAGAACGUAUUCCAACGAGCCAAGGGAGCCGGAGGAGCCUGAGUGGUUCUCCGGUGGUCCAGUCUCUCAGCAUGAUACCAUUGAGCUUCGUGGUUUUGAUGAUAUACCUGAAGAGAAAACAGUAAAGAGCAAGAAAGCACCGUCUCCGAAGAAACGGGGCAAGAAGGCAAAUGAUAAAGAUGAAAAAAGUGAAAGCACAACUUCGGCAGGUCCGAAAGGAAGAAGCACUCCCACAGUUAUGGAUCAACCGAUCAAUCCAGUUCAUGCACCACAUUCACCAAUUUCUGAGCAGGAUGAACUUCCUUCCAAUGGGAAGAAGAUGCACGAGAGUAGUGAGAGUGGAAAUACUGAGCCGAGUGAUAUUAACGAUCGAUCUGAGGGAAAGAGUAGGGAUGGAGAACAUCUGGAGUUUAAUCUUGAUGAUUUUCUCAAGAGCGAUAAUCUUCCUGGGGUCUCUGGUCUGCUUACUAAUGGAGUUGAAGCUGAUGCUGGUAGUGGCUCCAGGUUCAGCCAGUGGUUCAAGAGAGAAAGCCCUGUACUCGACAGUCGUAGGGAGUCCAUUCAGGAUGAACUGCUUAAUAAUUUGUUGAAUGAUAUCACUGAGCCGAAUAUUCAGGUACCAUCGGUUAAUGAGUCCAAUGCCUACUUUACACCUAUCUCUCCGGCUAAUCAAACUGGAGGCAAUGCUGCCACUGGGACUAAGCUGCUGGAGAUGUUACAAAGGGGGAAUAAGCCCAGUCAGAAUGGACAGGGAGAUGGCGGCAAUAUCAUGGGAAUGAUGAAGAACGCCUCCAUUAAAGAGAUGGAAGUUAGUGGAAAAGUCAUGCACAGUCUCGAAGAAUUAGAGGCUCGUAUGCGAGGGGGUGUACACCCUCCCUCGCAAAUCGAACCACUUCGUGUAAAUAAGACUGAUGAAGAUAUGUCAGCGUUCAAGAAGCUACUGGCCCAAGUCAGUGGAGGUCAGGCAGUGCCAGCUGCUAACGGUCCCAUCGCUCCCAAACACAUCACUCAACCCAUAACUCUGAUGCAGCUUUUGAAGAAUCAACCGGGCUUGGGAGGUCCUCCACCCCAUCAACCGCCAAUGCCAGAGCAACAACAUCCUCCUUCUUUCAAUCAUGUGGGACCACUGGGGCCUGCUCAGCAUCCACACCAGGCGCAGAUGCAGCAUGAGAAUUUAAUGAAAGUUCUGAGAAUACAACAGCAACAACAAGCACAACAACAAAAACGCCAGCAGCAGACAGACAUGCUCUCGAUGAUGAUGGGUUCUCAGAGGAUGGUUGGAGUCAGUCCAGUGCCUCAAGACAUGCAAAUGUUGGUAAACAAUGCACAAUCGACUCGUGAACUUCUUCAGAGACCAGAAGCUCAGGCGAUUAUUCAGGGUCUUCAGCAAGGAGAAAUCACUAAACAGCAUUUGAUGCAACAAAUCCAGAAUCCAGCUACGCAACAUCGCCACCGUGAAAUUCUAGUGCACAUCUUAAAGAUGUACGGGAACACAACGCCUCGAACAGUGAGUCCCCAUGCGGCUCCAACUGUUUCUCACGAUCCAAUGCUGCAACAACUCCUCUAUCAGCAGCAACGAGUUCCUUCCCCGAUGAACAACGCUCUUUGUCCACCAUUAAUAUCGCCCAAUGUAGCUGCAAGUCCCAAUACAUUAUCGAUACAGCACCCAGUGAUUCCACACCGAGUGCCCUCACCCCGUGACCUCGUUAUGCACACCCAGUCAAUAAUGCAGAGUGCCCUGAUCAAGACAAAAUUGGAGGAGCAGCGUGAGAAUUUUCGUAAACGUCAGGAACAGCAACCACAACAGAUGCACUCUCAUCAGCGUAUAACGAGUCCAGUGAAUUCACCAUCUAAACAGAUGAGUCCACAACUGGCAUUUACACCCACCUCAGUACUGCGUAAAAUGACAGCUGAGAAGGAGCCUGAGGGAAACACAGAGGUAUCAAAAUUGGCAGCACAAUCUCAGGCGAGCCAGAUGCAGCAGAUGCAGUCUGCAGUGCAAUUGUUAACUCAAGGCUUAUCGAGACAGCCGCAACAGGGCACAGUAAGACCACAACCGAAUCAGCAGCCUACUUGGUCGAAUCAGCCAGUUAAACCGCAUCCGGUUGGCAGACCGAUUGUGAAGGGAGUAACAGCGACUCAAUUCCCAUACGGUGGACCUUCGAAUUUUCAGUCUCAACCCCCUCAGUCCCAGUUACAGCAGCAGCCACCACCUGUAUCAUCAGUCCAACAACAGAAUCAAUCACUGCGGCCAACACCGGGUAUUUACGGUAACCCGGCACGCUCGAAAUACACGAUGCCGACAUCCCUUCCACCUCCAAAUGUUCCUCAAUACAAUGUAUCGCCAAAUUCUGUAAUUAGCCAAAGAACUAAUAUUAUGAACAAUCAGAGCAAGCAGCAACUGGUCCAGACACAUUUCGCUAAUAUAUUACAGCAGCAACAACAGCGUAAUGUCAAUUCACAAGUACAACUCGUCUUAAACCAAAACUACAAUUCUAAUCGAACAGACGGUCGAAUAAUGCGACCACAACAGCAGCCAAUGAACAUCCCAAUAGGAAGACAAUCUUCACCGGGCAGCAAUGGUGGAAGUCUAUCACCAACAUCAAAUCAAUUAGCCAGAUGGUUCAGUCCGGAGCUACUUGCUAAAGCAAGAGCUGGAAAACUGCCCGAACUUGGUCAGACAAAUGUUUUAUCGUUGGAAGAAUUGGAGCGACUGCAGCAGGCCUCCGCCACAGUACAUGACUAAACCUUAUUUUUAUUUUUCUCCGAUAGAACGUAAAAGCUCAAAUAAAGUGAGAAUCAAUUUUUUUUAUUUCAAUGAGAAUGGGAAGAAAAAAAGCCAAAAUGGCCAGUGAAAAGGAAAAAUUAUCACAUUAUUAGUUCUUCGAUCGAUGAAAGAUAAAAUCAGUUAUCAAAAAGAGGAUCACAAAUUACAAAAAAAUCCAGUUUUAUACUGUAUCCACGUACGCGUGAGUGUUCCACACUGGAAUUAUGGUUUUAGACUGUAUUUAUCGAAAAGACUGGCAAAACAGUUUCGUCCUGGUUGAAAAUAAAACAUGAAGUAACAUGAUUAGAGGCGAAACAUUAGAGGCAACAUGGAAGAUCACAGAUUUAAGUGAGCAAUCAAUUCGUAACUGGGAAAUAUGUAAACAAAGUAAAUGGCCAAACUCCUUGGCCCCGGCAGAGACUAAUCGAAGAAGAAAAAGUGUUUAACAAUGAAAAAGUUUGAAGAAAAGAAAAUGAUCUCCAAGUCACACGUAUAUGAACAUUAAUGAUAAAUAAUAUAUAACUUUCUAGAAAUACAGAAUGAGGAUUACAGUGUUAUCGCGGUUUAUCGAAAAGAACGAAUAAAAAGGCAUAAUGGACUUAAGGAAUCAAAGAGAGAUGAAAAAGUAUCAGCGACGCAUUGGAAAGAAUUAUUUAAUAUCCUAGGGUUGUGAGAAUUGACGAGAAUAAUGAAAUGUUGAAAGUUGAAGACUAAUUUGAUAAAAAGCAAAAAAAAACAUUUCACACGUGCAAGUGAGAAUACAAGUUGGUUAUUUUUCACGGAGAAUAUUUCUUCAUUAUCAAAAAUUGUUACACUCAAGUUUAAUUUUUCACUCUCUAAUCCUUCCUAAAAAUCAUAAUGACCAUAUCGUUUGAUUGUUAUUUUCAUCAUUUAUUUUUUAUAUAAAUAAUUAUUUUUCGUAGCAGUGGAAGUCUGCAGAAAUAAUUAUUUCAAAUGAUCAUGAUUACUAGUUUGUUCUUGCUAUGUAAAAUUCAAUUCACAUAAAUUUUUCUUUGAGAAAUGGAAUGAGGAGAUGGGCCUUCUUUGUUUGUAUUUAUUUUUUAUUUCUUAGAACGUUAGAAGUGAUGGAAAUGAUGAUAAAGGACCUAUAAAAUUCCUCAAUAUUUUCAUUCGAAAAAUGCAAUUUAAUCUCUUCUUUCCAUUCCUCGGUAUUGAAUUCAUUAUUCGUUUCAUUCUCGCUUCAGUAAAAUAUGAAGCACUGUUAAAAAACACUUUUGAGUUUAAAACCGUCAGGGACAUCUGUUCAUAGGUUUUUUGAUAUAAUAGUUAUCAGUGACGUAUGGAGACCUAAUAACUGAGAAAAUCUUCUCCCGUUUGUAAAGACAGCGAUAAGAUCGGAAAAUAUUGCUUCAAAUUAAAGAGCGAUUUGUUUUUUUCUGGUUUCAAUUAAAUUUAAAAGAAUGGGGAUAUUAUUAGAACCAUAAAAGAAUAGAUACCUCAAUCUACUGAAUGAGCCUGCCGACUUUUCCAAUACAUCGCUAAACGAUAAUAAAGGAAUAAAACCACUAUUGCUCUAGAAUCUGAAAAGUGCAUUGAACUCAAUUUUUUUUGUGUUUGACUAUUUUUUUUUUCUUAACUAUCUGAAUUAUGAUUCAAUAAGCCUCUCAAAGCAUCGCAAACUCAUAAUUUUUUGACCUGAUUAGAGAGUAAAGUCCAAUUUUUUAAAUAAUUUGCGUUGAAUGUAACAACGUUGAAGAAUCAUGGUUAAACUGUGUUCUGAGUGUAAUUGGGUUUCGAACCGCAAACUGAAAAAAAAUUAUAAAACAAAAUACGUUUGUAAAUAAUGAAAUUCGAUGACAAGAAAAUGAAAGAAAAAUCCUACGGCAAUGAACAAAAAAAGGGGUAAGAAGCGGAUAACAGGCCAAUUUUAUCAUUGCAUGUACCGGCUCGAUAUUUUGUAAAUAAAGUUAUUAAGCAUAAA